AUGGCCACCCACGACGACGUAUCUCAGACGCUGGAUUCCCUGAAAAUCGUGGCUCUUUACAGAGUCCGUGGGGGCACAGCGCAGGACCGGAGUCGCAAGAUGACGGAGCUGUCCGGCGCGCUGUACAUGUUUAGAACCAGAGCAGAAGGCAUCGAGUCCGCCAUCUUGCUGUUCGAAGAUCAUGACGCCGUGACCACGAUCGACUGGAGCGAGAUCUGUAGGAUCACCGAGCUUGGCCACGCCGUGGGCCACCGGGACGCUCAAAUCAUCACUCUCCCCGACCCACUCGACACCAACUACACAACCUACGUAGUCAGCGAGGACCAGCUUGUCAUCAACCUGCUUCCCCCCUUCGUCGAAAGAGGACGGGGGAUGUCGAUCGAUGAGAAAGGCCGAAAGUCACUUCAGUGGAUUGUCGAGAGCCAUGCGCGACGCACGUGCGUCGUGAACUGGCCUGCCGCGGGAACGUUGAUGCAACCUGCCUCCCAAACCGUGCCGUGGAUGGGAACAUGCAACAACCGCCAGCACUGGAUACACGAGUUUGUGCCAAAGCUGUGCAAUCUGGAGACGCUGACUCUUUCCGGGUGUGGCUAUGAUUCUCAGUGUCUGUCGCGUCUCAGAGGCUGGACGGGUCAGUUGGACAUUGAAGAUGACAAGGGAGAGUCAGAGGAGUGCCGCGAGAGUAAUGAAAUAGAUAAAUGA